AUGGGAAGGAGAGGGAGGGGAAAGGAGGAGGAGGAGGGGAGAGAAGGGCGUUGUUUCACUCCCGCCUCACCUGCUUUCGUCUCAACACCGGUGCAAAACGGCAAAAAGCGGUCGGUACAAAGGACUAGAGCGUGUGCGCAGCGACCGCCGGUGUUGAGACCACACCUCGCCGCGACGAGAGCCUUUGUGCGCGCCUAUGGCCUGUGCUUGGGACCCGGAAGUAGAGGGGGAGAGCUGAGUUUAUGGCCCAGGGGAGGCGUAGCAGUGAACAAUCACGACAUCCAAUUCCCCUCCAGUCGCAUCACAAAGAAGGCGGGCCACUGUUUCCUGUCCAACAAAAACACAUCUUCUGAAAGUGCAUCACAACAAGCUGCACCACCCCUGUCUGUGCCCAAACACGGCCGGUGCCACCCCUGGGGGAAGAGAGACAGCCUGGUGGAUGAAAGCCAAGAGGGAGGUGAGGGGGAAGAGGAGGUGGAGGUGGAGAAGGAGGAGAGGCACAGUUCAAGGGGAGAGAGGAGCCUGGAGCGACUGAUAAUAGCAGCAGAUGAUGAAACCUGGCAAGAAGAAAGAGGGAGGGAGGUUUUGAUGGCAUGGUCUCGCUCUCGCCGCGCUGCCAACAGACACCCCCAUUUCUCUCAGUAUAACUACCAAGUACAAGUAGCUGAAAACCAGCCCCCUGGUACCUCAGUCAUUACGAUGUCAGCCUCAGACCAAGAUGGAGGCGAUGCGGGCAGGCUGAGCUACAGCAUGGCCCCUCUGAUGAACAGCCGAUCUUCUGACUAUUUCCAUAUCAACCCAGACUCGGGUCUCAUCACCACCACUCAGGUUCUAGACAGAGAGCACAUGGACCUGCAUUACUUCCGGGUCACCUCGACUGAUUACGGCUCCCCCCGUCUCUCGGGUACAACAAUGGUGGCCAUCACUGUUUCAGACCGCAAUGAUCACUCUCCAAUAUUUGAGCAGAUCGAGUACAGAGAGACCAUCAGGGAAAACGUAGAGGAAGGGUACCCGAUCUUACAGCUGAGAGCGACAGAUUUGGACUCCCCAUCCAAUGCCAAUAUUCGCUAUCGGUUUGUCGGUGAUUCAGCAGCACUGGCACGGGUGGCAUUCGAGAUCGACCCACGCUCGGGGCUCAUCACAACCCGCGGGGCGGUUGACCGAGAGACCAACGAGCACUACACACUCCAGGUGGAGGCCAGCGACCAGGGGAAAGAGCCGGGGCCGCGCUCUGCCACCGUCAAAGUCUUCAUCACUGUUCUGGACGAGAACGACAAUGUGCCGCAGUUCAGUGAGAAGCGCUAUGUGGUGGCAGUGAGGGAGGAUGUGCGGCCUCACUCGGAGAUUCUUCGUGUGAGUGCCACAGACCGCGACAAGGACAGCAAUGCUGCUGUCCACUACAACAUCAUCAGCGGGAACAGCCGAGGGCAGUUCUCCAUUGACAGUGUCACCGGGGAGAUCCAGGUUGUGGCACCGUUAGACUUCGAGGCCGAACGGGAGUACACGCUGCGUGUACGGGCGCAGGACAAUGGACGCCCUCCCCUCUCCAACAACACCGGCAUCGUCAGUGUGCAGGUGACGGACGUCAAUGAUAACCCACCCAUAUUUGUUUCAACUCCGUUCCAGGCAUCUGUGUUGGAGAGCGCCCCGAUUGGAAGCUCCAUCCUUCACAUCCAGGCUAUCGAUACAGAUUCUGGUGACAACGCCCGCUUGGAGUAUCGGCUUACCGGCACCAGCCCUGACUCACCCUUUGUCAUCAACUCUGCUACAGGGUGGGUCACCGUGCGCUCCACACUCGACCGGGAAUCGGUGGAACACUACUUCUUUGGCGUGGAAGCCAGAGACUACGGAGUGCCACCUCUCUCCGCUACCGCGAGUGUCACCAUAACAGUGAUGGACGUCAACGACAACCGUCCCGAGUUCCUCCAGAAGGAGUACUUUGUCCGCCUAAACGAGGAUGCUGCGGUUGGCACCAGUGUGGUGAGCGUCACUGCCGUGGACCGGGAUGUCAACAGUGCUGUAACCUAUCAGAUUACAGGGGGGAACACAAGGAAUCGAUUUGCGAUCAGCACGGCGGGAGGGGCGGGGCUUGUCACCUUGGCCCUCCCGCUGGACUACAAGCAGGAGCGGCGGUACGUUCUAACAGUCACGGCCUCGGACCGUACGCUCCAUGAUACCUGCCAAGUCCACGUCAACAUCACAGAUGCCAACACUCACCGGCCCGUUUUCCAAAGUGCACAUUAUUCUGUUAGUGUGAAUGAGGACCGCCCGCCUGGGAGUACCGUAGUGGUCAUCAGUGCCACAGAUGAUGAUGUUGGUGAAAACGCUCGCAUCACAUACUUACUGGAGGAUAACAUCCCACAGUUCCGCAUUGACCCUGCCACUGGUGCCAUAACCCUCCAGGCAGAACUUGACUAUGAGGAUCAGAUGACAUACACCUUGGCUAUUACUGCUAAGGACAACGGCAUACCACAGAAAUCAGACACGACGUACGUAGAGGUGAACGUGAACGACGUAAAUGAUAACGCACCCCAGUUCCUCAGCCCCAGAUAUCAGGGGACUGUGAGCGAAGAUGCCCCUCCUUUCACCAGCGUCCUCCAGAUCUCUGCCACUGAUCGUGACGCCCAUGCCAACGGCCGUGUCCAGUACACCUUCCAAAAUGGUGAGGAUGGGGAUGGAGAUUUUACCAUUGAGCCCACAUCUGGUAUUGUCCGAACUGUGCGUCGGUUGGACCGGGAGAGCAUGCCGUUCUAUGAACUCACUGCCUAUGCCGUGGACCGAGGCGUGCCACCGCAAAGGACCCCUGUCCACAUCCAGGUGACAGUCCUGGAUGUGAAUGACAAUGCUCCUGUUUUUCCCGCAGACGACUUCCAGGUUCUGGUGAAGGAGAACAGCGCCGUGGGCUCCGUGGUGGCACAGAUCACUGCCACAGACCCAGACGAGGGGGCCAAUGCGCAGAUAAUGUACCAGAUUGUGGAGGGGAACAUCCCCGAGAUCUUCCAGAUGGACAUCUUUUCGGGUGAGCUCACCUCACUAAUCGACCUUGACUAUGAAACACGGGACGAGUACGUCAUCGUGGUCCAGGCCACCUCGGCACCACUUGUUAGCCGCGCCACAGUCCGGAUUCGAUUGGUGGACCAGAACGACAACCGGCCCACCCUUCAGGACUUCCAGAUCAUCUUCAACAACUUUGUGUCGAACCGGUCCAACAGUUUCCCCAGCGGGGUGAUCGGGAGGGUGCCGGCCCAUGACCCGGAUGUGUCAGACCGCCUCUACUACAACAUUGACCGGGGAAACGAGCUACAUCUACUGCUCCUGAACCACACCAGCGGAGAGAUUCGGCUGAGCCGCAAACUUGAUAACAACAGACCUCUGGUGGCUCCUAUGAUGAUCACUGUCACAGAUGGCGUCCACAGCGUCUCGGCUCAGUGUGUCCUUCGUGUCCUCAUCAUCACCGAAGACAUGCUGGGCAGCAGCAUCACCGUGCGCCUGCAGAACAUGUCCCAGGAGAACUUCCUGUCCCCGCUCCUGGGCCACUUCCUGGAGGGUGUGUCUGCCGUGCUGUCGGUGCCUGUCGAGGACGUUUUCGUCUUUAACAUCCAGCCGGAUCUGGAGGCGGCGCCAGGAGGGAUGGAGAUCCUUAAUGUCAGCUUCUCAGCGGCCCUACCAGGGGGACACCUCUUCCCUUCCGAGGCCCUGGAGGAACAGCUGUACUUGAACAGGCCCAGGUUAACCUCACUGGCACAGAUGGAGGUCCUCCCGUUCGAUGACAACGUGUGCCUCCGCGAGCCAUGUCAGAACUACAUGAAGUGUAUCUCGGUGCUCCGCUUCAACAGCUCCGCCCCCUUCAUCACUUCACCCUCCAUCUUGUUCCGGCCCAUCCACCCCAUCGCAGGCCUGCGCUGCCGCUGCCCUGCGGGCUUCACGGGGGACUACUGCGAGACGGAGAUCAACCUGUGUUACUCCAACCCGUGCCUCAAUGGCGGCGUGUGUGCCCGGAGAGAGGGGGGCUACACCUGCAUCUGUCGGGAGGACUACACGGGUGACCGGUGUGAGUUCGACCGGCGGCAGGGCCGCUGUGUGCCGGGGGUGUGUCGUAAUGGAGGGACCUGCAGGGAGUUGUCCAGUGGGGGUUUCCGGUGCGAGUGUCCCGCGGGCGGCUACGAGCGGCCAUACUGCGCCGUCACGGCCCGCAGCUUCCCACCCAAGUCCUUUGUCAUGUUCCGGGGCCUGAGGCAGAGGUUUCACCUGUCCAUCUCCCUGACUUUUGCCACCCUGGAGAACAGUGGUCUUCUCUUCUACAAUGGCCGCUUCAAUGAAAAGCACGACUUCAUCGCUUUGGAGAUACAGGAGGGCCAAGUACUGCUGAAAUACUCCACAGGUGAGUCAUCCACUCAGGUGAGCCCCUUCCUGCCCGGGGGUGUGAGUGACGGCAAUUGGCACACAGUCCACAUCCACUACUACAACAAGCCUUCCACACGCUAUCCCAAGCGCAGUGUGACCGGCGAGGUCCAGGGGCCGUCGGAUGAGAAGGUUGCUGUGGUGAGCGUUGACGACUGCGACACUGCCGUGUCGCUGCGCUUCGGAAUGCAGCUGGGCAACUACAGCUGCGCCGCACAGGGGAAGCAGACCAGCAGCAAGAAGUCUCUGGACUUGACUGGCCCGUUGUUUCUGGGAGGGGUCCCCAACGUCCCUGACAACUUUCCCUUUGGUACCAGGGAGUUUAUUGGCUGCAUGAAGGACCUGCACAUAGACAGCAAGCCCCUGGACUUGGCUGGAUUCAUUGCUAACAACGGCACGCUCCCCGGUUGCAGUGCCAAGCUGCCAUUCUGCAAGUCCAACCCCUGUCAGAAUGGUGGGACCUGCAGCGUGAGUUGGGAAACAUUCUCCUGUGACUGCCCCCUAGGGUUUGGAGGCAAAGAUUGCAGCCACGUGAUGCCCCACCCCCACCGGUUUCUGGGGAACAGCGCUCUCUGGUGGGAUCUUAAGAACGACGUGACCAUCUCCACUCCUUGGUACCUGGGCCUGGUGUUUAGGACCAGAGCCCGAGAGGGGACCCUGCUGCAGGCUCAGGCUGAAAAGUACACCAGCUUAGUGUUUCAGGUGAUAAACGGUCAGCUGGUGUUUUCGGUAACCCGCGGCUCUGCCAGGCCGGUCCGGUUGCGGUUGGACCAGGUCCAGGUGGCAGAUGGCCGCUGGCAUGACCUGCAGUUGGAGCUCCGGGAUGUCCGCAGUGGCCGAGAGACACGCUACGUCGCCACCCUGCGGCUGGACUUUGGUCUCUUUCAGGGUACAGUGAUAGUGGGAAAUGAGAUCCAUGCAUUGAAGGUGAAGCACCUGCAUGUGGGGUGGAGUGCUGGAUCUGGGGAGGUGCAGAACGGCAUCAGAGGGUGUAUACAGGGUGUUCGGUUGGGAGUGAGACCUGAUGCCCCUCCUCUACCUCGUCCGUCUAGGGCCAUCAAGGUAGAGAAUGGCUGCAACGUCGGCAACCCCUGCGUCUCCUCCCCAUGUCCCUCCCACAGCCGCUGUUCUGACCAAUGGGAGCGGCAUGCCUGCAUCUGCGAGCCGGGUUACUAUGGGAAAGGCUGUAUUGAUGCGUGUCAAUUGAAUCCCUGUGAGAAUGAAGCUCAGUGUCACAGGAAGCCAAGCUCCUCCCACGGAUACAUCUGUGAUUGUGGAGACAAUCAUUAUGGGCAGUACUGUCAGCACAGGAUUGACCACCAGUGCCCCAGAGGUUGGUGGGGGUCUCCGACCUGCGGACCCUGCCACUGUGACACCAGUAAAGGCUUUGACCCCGACUGCAACAAGACCAGCGGCCUGUGCCACUGCAAGGAGUUCCACUACCGUCCGCGUGGAGGUGACACCUGUCUGCCAUGCGACUGCUACCCAGUUGGUUCCUUCUCGCGGUCAUGUGACCCGGAAACUGGGCAGUGCCAGUGCAGGCCCGGCGUGAUUGGUCGGCAGUGCAACGCAUGUGAUAACCCUUUUGCUGAGGUCACAAAUUCAGGUUGUGAAGUUAUCUAUGACAGUUGUCCUAAGACCAUUACCCAGGGGAUCUGGUGGCCCCGGACCAAGUUCAACCUGCCUGCUGCGGUGCCCUGCCCAAAAGGCUCUGUCGGUGCAGCGAUCAGACACUGUGAUGUGGAGAGAGGCUGGUUGGUGCCAGAUCUCUACAACUGUACCUCACCUCCAUUUGUGGAGCUCAACACUGCUCUGGAGUCCCUUGAACGUAAUGACACCGAGCUGAGCACCAUUGUGGAAAAGAAGCUGGCACACCAGCUGCGCGAUGUCACUGAGGCAACGGCCCGUCUCUAUGGCAACGACCUGCAGAUCGCCGAGCGACUGUUGUCCCGCCUCCUGACCUUUGAGACCCAGCAGAGUGGUUUUGGACUCACUGCUACACAGGAUGCACACUUUAAUGAGAACAUUCUGCGAGGCUGCAGUGCAUUGCUGGGUCCAAGUACUGCAGAUCUUUGGCGGGCUCUGGCCCAGAGUCAGAACCACAUCCAGGGAGGCGGCCCGGCCGGGCUGGCUGACCUGCUGGAACAGUAUGCACAGACCCUGGCCCAGAACAUGAAACUAACCUACCUCAACCCUGUGGCUCUGGUCGCUCCUAAUAUAGUGAUGAACCUGGACCGAGUGGAGAACCACACCCAUGUGAGGAGGCGCUUCCCGAGAUACCAUACCACCCUUUUCAGGGGCCAGGCUCCCUGGGACCCCCACACACACGUGGUGCUACCCCCUGCUGCCCUGGUGCCACAGCGACACCAGCAUUCAUCACCUCAGAACACUGCCUCCGCCCCUGCCAGUAUUUCAGCCAAUCAGACGCGGGAAUAUGUCGCAGCCAGGCGCACUGUUUUGAUGCCGGAGCCACCCAUCACCAUUGUCAUCAUGUUGAUCUAUCGCAGUCUCGGGGCUGCCCUCCCCCCCAAAUAUCAUACAGACAGACGAGGAGUCCGGCUUCCCAGACACCCAGUAAUGAACUCUCCAGUGGUCAGUGUGUCCGUCUAUAACAACCAGUCGUUUGUGGCCGGUCACUUGGAACAGCCUCUCCUAUUGGAGUUCAAGCUGCUGGAAACAGCCAAUCGCAGCAAACCGCUGUGUGUGCAGUGGAAUCACAGUAGUCCUUACGAGAUAGGAGGUUGCUGGACAGUGAGGGACUGUAUGGUGGUGUAUAGGAAUACCUCUCAUGUUCGCUGUCAGUGCCAGAGGCUGGGUACCUUUGCAGUGCUGAUGGACAGCUCCCAGAGAGAGCAGUUGGAGGGGGACCUGGAGACUCUGGCCCUGGUCACCUACGCCUCCCUGUGCAUCUCCAUGCUUGCGCUCCUCCUCACCGUCCUGGUGUUGUCCUGCCUGAGAGGACUCAAGUCCAACACCCGGAGUAUCCACUCCAACACAGGGGCAGCUAUGUUUUUGUCUGAGCUCGUGUUUUUGCUGGGCGUCAAUCAGACUGACCAACAGUUCCUCUGUACAGUUGUGGCCAUUUUGCUCCAUUACUUCUUCAUGUCCAUGUUUGCCUGGAUGUUCGUCGAGGGGCUUCAUAUCUACCGUAUGCAGACAGAACAACGUAACAUUAACUUUGGCGCCAUGAGGUUUUACUACGCCAUCGGCUGGGGUGUGCCCGCUAUUAUCACCGGAUUGGCGGUGGGUCUGGACCCAGAGGGUUACGGGAACCCAGACUUCUGUUGGAUCUCCAUCUAUGACAAGCUUAUCUGGAGCUUUGCUGGUCCCAUUGCCAUCGUUAUACUGAUGAAUGGGGGGAUGUUCCUCAUUGUAGCCAGAAUGUCCUGCACUCCCUCCCAGAAGGAGACCAAGAAGCUCCCCAUCAUUGCCACUAUCCGCAGUGCCUUCCUUCUGUUGCUUGUAGCCACCGCCACCUGGUUGUGUGGUCUGAUGGCCGUUAACAACAGUAUCCUGGCCUUCUACUACAUCUUUAAUGUCCUCUGCCUUGUACAGGGUCUGUUGGUGUUGUUGGUGUUUACGGUGUUCAACUCUGAGGUUCAAGAGGCCUGGAGGGUCGUCUGUCUGGGGAAGAAAAGCCCCGGGGAAGACCCGCCCAGACCACCACAGAAUGCUAGUCAGAACCCCUAUAACAACACAUCUCUAUUGGAGCAGAGUGGACUGCACCGGAUCACCCUGGGAACCUCCACCAUAUCCUCUGUCAGCUCUGCCAGAGAGAACCUCUUGGCCCGUCAGACUUUGGAACAGAACAUUGGUCACACGGGAGCUACGGACCUAGAUGUAGCCAUGUUCCACAGGGAUGGAGGCGAAGACUCUGACUCUGACUCGGACCUCUCUCUGGAGGAGGAGCGCAGCCUCUCCAUCCCUUCCUCCGAGAGCGAGGACAACGUUCGUCUGCGCGGACGCAUCCAGAGGCGCUUCAAACGCACCAAUCACAGUGAGCGUCUGCUCACUGAACCCACCCACAACGGCACCAAAGAUCUUGACGGCAACGACCUGCUGUCCUAUUGGCCUGCCCUGGAGGAGUGUGAGGCACACACGCUGCAGAAGUGGGGUUCGGAGCGGCCCCUGGGGGGGGAUUAUAAUAAGGAUGCAGCCAACAACAAUCAGGCUGACGCGGCGCUGACGAGCGGGGAUGAGAACGUCCUCACACAGCCAAACAGGCAUCGCAAAGGUAUACUGAAGAACCGUAUUGGGUGCCCCCCCGCCCUCCAGGGCCUCACCACUAUGGGCAGGGCCCCCAGUGAGCUAAACUGGUACCGGACCUCUACACUGGGACACCGGGGUGUUCCCGCCGCCUCCUAUGGUCGCAUGUACUCUGCCACGGGUACAGCCUGUGCCGGUACUGGCUCCCUCUCCCAGCCUGCCUCCCGCUACUCCUCCCGGGAGCACCUGGACUCGCUGGCUCGGAGGCAGCUGUCUCGGGACCCGCUUGGGAGGCAGACGGUCGGAGGGUCAAGGGACCGGCUGGACUCCCGGGGCUCCAGGGACAACCUUGAUCUCCUACCCCGGAGGAGGGAGCUGGGGCCGGGACAGGGAGGAGGGGGUCUAGGGGGCCUGGGGAUGGACCACCAGCGUGUGUCUGCAUCCAGGGAGAACCUGUCCAGUUCAAGGGACAGGCUGGACUACCACCGCCCAGGCAGCGCUCACACCUCCAGGGAGGACCUGAGUGGGAAUGGGGGUAUGAUUGGAGCAGGGAUGGAGGGGUACCUGGCGGGUUCAAGGUCCCAACUGAACACGCUAACCCGGCGUCAGGCCUCAUCCAGGGAGCACCUGGGUGGGGCUCUGAUAAGCAGCAGGUCCAGGGAGCAACUGGAGACCAAUGGAGGAGGAGGUUGCGGGGUCGCGGCCCAGUCGCAGCCCUGUCGGGAGUGGCUUCGCACCCUACCCCCUCGCCAGCCCUCACACCCUGACCAACCUCCGCCCUCCUCUCCGCCUCCCCCCAUCUCUGAGGAGCCCCAGCAGGAACAGCUUCCCCCAACAACGCGCAUCAGGGGACGUCUGGACUCCGCACCCUUGUGUAGGUACCCGGGUAAGACUGCUGCCCAGGUCGCAGGUUCAAAUCCCAAUCCCCUGAGUCGCCAACCAUCCAGUGAGCACCUGGAUAUUCUGUCGUCCAUCUUGGCGUCGUUCAGUUCCUCCGUCCUGACUCCUCCCCCCUCUGCCUCUAACCCUGGUGCUAAUGGCUCUGCCCAUGGCCCCUCCCCCUCCCCAUCCCACUCUGCGACCUCCCACAGUAUAUCCGAGGUGUCCCCCGACUCCGAAGCCAACAGAAGUGAAGGCCAGUCUUGA